UAUCUCUUAACUUUUCGAAUUUAUAUUUUCUCCCCUCCCCCUAAUUCUUUCUAACUUUCCCAGGCAGACAGUGGAAACUUUACAGAUGAGGUAGAUCCACGGUGUGAUGUCAUCAUUCUAAUACAAAGUCCACCAGUGGCUCUCUUUUUUUCCCCCUGUAAUUCUAGGAACAUCAAGGGUUUUCUGGACUGGUUUAUGGAGGAUCUUUGCACAAAGGAAGGGAUAUAGUUUAUUUCUCAAUGGAGGGUUUAUCUAGGAAUGUAAGGUGACCUGUAGGUGACCUUGCUUGGGGAUCUUGUAAGCAGGAGAUCUUUUUGGCUCAGCUCACAGCUUGUGGUGGGACUUCUUGGUGGUGAUCUAAUCCAAAAGGCUGCAGCACAGAUCAGAGGCUUUCAGGACAGCCAGAGCCCAGCUCGGUGUUGGAGGGAGGGGAAGGACAAGGAAAAAAAGCAGACAGCACUGCCGGAAAUGUCUGCACCCAAGUGAGUUUCCUCUGUGCCUUCAGGAGUGGAGAUCCUGGGGACAAUGCUGCUGGGUGGCAGUGGCUGCAGCCAGACUCACUCGUUCGUUUGGAUGGGAGAAGAACCCUGAGGAUCUUUGGUGGUUCUGCAGGAGCUUCGGAUUGUUUUGAGAUCUUUGUUUUGGAAACUUUGGAAAGCCCUGUUACAAAGUAUCACUUGGUCGUUUCCUCCAAGUCAUCUGCGAUGGGUCUACCACCUCUGGAGUUCAGCGAUUCCUACCUGGACAGUCCUGACUUCAGGGAAAGGCUGAAAUGCCACGAAAUCGAGUUGGAUCGGACCAAUAAGUUUAUUAAGGAGCUGAUCAAGGAUGGCAACAUGCUGAUCGGAGCUCUGAGGAAUUUAUCUAUGGCUGUACAGAAGUUUUCACACUCACUACAAGAUUUCCAGUUUGAAUGUAUUGGAGAUGCAGAAACAGAUGAUGAAAUCAAUAUUGCUCAGUCCUUGAAGGAGUUUGCCCGGCUACUGAUUACUGUGGAAGAGGAAAGAAGGAGGCUGAUCCAGAACGCCAAUGACGUGCUAAUAUCUCCACUUGAAAAAUUCCGCAAGGAACAGAUAGGAGCGGCAAAGGAUGGAAAAAAGAAGUUUGACAAAGAGAGCGAGAAAUAUUACUCUGUCUUAGAGAAACACUUGAAUUUGUCUUCAAAAAAGAAAGAAUCCCAUUUGCAAGAGGCGGACGGCCUCAUUGACAGGGAACAUCAGAACUUCUCGGACGCAUCUUUGGAGUACAUAUUUAAAGUACAAGAGGUUCAAGAAAAAAAGAAGUUUGAAUUUGUGGAACCUCUCUUGGCCUUUCUCCAGGGCCUCUUUACCUUCUACCAUGAGGGAUACGAGUUGGCGCAGGAAUUCACGCCGUACAAAGAGCAGCUGCAGUUUAAUUUACAGAAUACACGGAAUAACUUUGAAAGCACCCGCCUGGAAAUGGAGAAGUUAAUGCAAAGGAUGAAGUCUGCAGACCAAGAUUAUCGACCCCCAAGUCAGUGGACGAUGGAAGGCUACCUCUACGUUCAGGAAAAAAGACCCCUUGGAUUUGCAUGGACGCGGCAUUACUGUACGUACGAUAAAAGCAGCAAAACCUUUACAAUGAGCUUGUCGGAAACCAAAUCAAGUGGAAAAGUGAACGGACUGAUCUCUAAUGCACCGGAGAUGUUUAAGCUGAAAACAUGCAUACGGCGGAAGACAGAUUCUAUAGACAAGCGCUUCUGUUUUGACAUAGAAGUUACUGAGAGACAAGGAAUGAUUACGCUCCAAGCUUUGUCUGAAGUUAACCGGAAGCAAUGGCUGGAAGCGAUGGAUGGAAAGGAACCAAUCUAUACACUUCCGGCAAUUAUCAGCAAAAAAGAAGAAAUGUUCUUAAAUGAUGCCGGUUUCAACUUUGUGAAAAAAUGUAUAGAUUCUGUGGAGAAUCGAGGCAUCACCAUUUUGGGUCUUUACAGAAUUGGAGGGGUUAACUCCAAAGUCCAGAAGCUGAUGAACACAGUAUUCUCGCCUAAAUCACCCCCCGAUAUGGACAUAGAUCUGGAACUGUGGGAUAAUAAGACAAUAACAAGCGCACUUAAAAACUACCUCAGAUGCCUUUCUGAACCUUUGAUGACUUAUAAACUGCACAAAGAUUUUAUACUUGCUGUCAAAUCAGAUGACCAGAACUACAGAGUUGAAGCUGUCCAUGCCCUUGUUCACAAGCUACCAGAGAAAAAUCGUGAGAUGCUGGACAUCUUAAUCAAGCACCUAGUCAAGGUAUCAAUGCACAGCCAACAGAAUCUUAUGACUGUUUCGAAUCUGGGCGUCAUUUUCGGGCCGACUCUUAUGAGAGCUCAGGAAGAAACGGUGGCAGCAAUGAUGAACAUAAAGUUCCAGAACAUAGUGGUAGAAAUUUUAAUAGAACAUUAUGAAAAGAUAUUUCAUACUGCUCCAGAUCCUAAUGUGCCUCUUCCUCAAGCUCAACCUCGUUCUAGUUCCCGACGGACGAGGGCAAUUUGUCUUUCAACAGGACCCAGGAAACCUAAAGGGAGAUAUACUCCAUGCCUGGCUGAUCCAGACAGCGACUCAUAUAGCAGUAGCCCGACAAGCACCCCAAUGGGAAGCAUCGAGUCACUUUCUUCACAUUCCUCGGAACAAAAUAGCACAUCCAAAUCUGCCUCUUCCCCACAAAGGGAGAAGAAAGGAGGCGGAAUUCCUUGGAUGACCUCUACACCCUCUUCUAAUGGCCAGAAAAGCUCAAGCCUGUGGACGGCAAGCCCCGAAUCCAGCUCAAAAGAAGAUGCUACAAAGACCGACGUCGAAUCGGAUUGUCAGAGUGUAUCAUCUGUCACUAGUCCUGGGAACUCGUCGCCUCCCAUUGACCUGGCCAAGAAAGGUCCUUAUGAAUUCUGUGGACUAAAACGCUCAGCUGCAUCUUCUCUUCGCUCUUUACCCUCCUCAGAAGGUAUGAAAAGCCGGAGUACAUCUUCUCAAAGCUUGACGCCUCUUGACCUUAAGGACAUUACAAAGGUUUAUCCUGAUUUACCUCCCAAAAUAAGGCACAGACUGGAUACGGGUUCCAGUAAUGGCUACCAGAGACCGGGAUCAGUGGUUGCAGCCAAAGCUCAGCUUUUUGAAAAUGCCGGAUCAUUGAAACAGUCACCUUCCGGGCGCUACGCUAAAGCAAUGUAUUCCUGUAAAGCCGAGCACAGCCACGAACUAUCCUUCCCCCAGGGGGCGAUAUUUACCAACGUGUACCGAUCUGUGGAACCAGGCUGGCUCAAGGCAACAUAUGAAGGCAAAACGGGAUUAGUUCCAGAAAAUUACGUUGCCUUCCUUUGAUGGUGUUCAAGGACAGCUGUAUCUUCAUGGUAUCCAUGGUGACAAAUGGCAGAUCACAUACGGGGGUCCCGCCAGCCCGUUGAAUGACCGACGUUCCUUUUGUGAGGCACGUUCUAUCGCGACAAUCGUCGUGCAGGACUGGGCGCCCGGUCAUUCAUGGCUUUAGCGUAAGCUCAAGGCUUCUUAUGAAGGACGUUUGCAUAGCACAUGAUGGACGCUGUAUAUAGUAUGGAAGUUUACUUUGCGGUGCUAUUUGCACAGGUAGCGCGUACGAUUAAUAACCCGUGCAGUAAGAAAGUCGGUACUGUUCCUAUGCAAGAUGCACUAAACUCGGGCAACUAGUGUAGCAACCCAACUCCGUCCAGUCGUACCCGGCCAUCGCAGAGAUCCUUGGUUGCCAUGAGCGCCAUCGAUAUGUUAGGCUGUCCUUAAUGGCGGGCUUCAUGUUUCAUGUGCUCCUCCUCUUAGGAUCUUGGUGGCUCCUCAUCAUCCAUAUAUGAUCAUGUUUUUUUUAUCGUAGAAUUUAAGAUUUACAGUUCUAUGGAUUUAUGAAGCUUCACACACAUUUUAAAAAUAUUUUUUUUUAACUUCUAGAUGGAGUGUUAUCACCA